AUGUCGAAUCGACGAACUUUGAGCGAUCGGCCUCGAGGCUGGUCGCAAGAAUCCGGUAGUUCUCAGGAAGAAGUCAUCGUCUACCAAGGCAACCGCGUGGCGAAACUACCGGAGCGACAACCAACUGUCCCACCGAGUGGACACAGUGCUCAGAAAGACGAAGGAUUUGCACGAUUCCUCAAAAAGCACUCUUCUCCUACACAUCAACGAGUCACUACUGGUGGCCGUGUCGUGCCCAUGGAGCAGCGUCCUCCGUUCUUCUCUCUGCAACAGCCAAGCCAAGACCCAGAAGAUCAGAAGAAGGGCGUACACGAGGACGCCAAAUCCACCACAAAGCCGAUAGCUGCGGGUUUCGAUCCAGCAGAACAAGCUGUGGCAGACAAUAGCAUCCUCCAACCCCAGCCUCAGCCGUUCAUGCCUGUCAGCAAUGGGGUCAUGGACGCCGCCACGUUCACCGCCGGCGCUGAUCCCUCUGUCGUCGCUUCAAGCAUGCCUCUCGGCCUUGAUGCUGGCCGCAUGCAGCCAAAUUAUCUGCAAGCCAUGACAUCUGCGCCCUUCUAUGCGGCCAUGCCUGGGGACCCGUACAGCUUGACGCCCAUGCACUGUCAAAUAAAUCCAGCGGGUGCAAUGCCGUUCGCUGGCUUCAAUGGUGCCGUCGCUCCGAGCUUCCCUAUGCCUUUCAUCUCAAACCCUCACAUGUUGGGCUUUCCGCCUUCGUGCGGCAUCACGACUACUCCUACCGUUCCUCCAGCUCUAAGCGGUUCGUAUGCUGAGCACAUGCUCAACGAAUCAACUGAGCUAUUUCAGAACCUCGGAGUACAACUCAGGACCCUUGACCGUCAUCGGGCUAUGAAUGUUCUGGACCCUUACGUUGUGGACCAGCGCAAGGCCAUUGUUCAGCUGCGUGCUGAAGCCAAAAACCAGAUCACGUACUGGUCAGACCAAGUCGGACAAGACCCUCAUCCCAUCCCAAAGGACCCCAACGGUGCUCCGAAUGGUAAGCUGAAUGUGCAGGCUACUUCGUACGUUCCACUUCGAGGUGAUCGGGCUGCGGAAAAGUUCUCCGACACUCCUGGAGGCAGCUUGAAACCCAACGGCAUUAGUCAGGCGCACACAAAGCCCGAUUUCGUGGUGGACAGCACUCGUCGUCCGAUCCCAAUCGUGCCCCCUCCAGAAAAAUUGUCGACUGUGCAGAACAAUGGCAGAGAUGUUGGGUCAAAGAGUGAUUCGGUCGAGGUUGACGGAUGGGGCGUUCGUGUCGGCGCAGCGCCACCUGAGAUCCAACACCAGCAGAACGAGAUGUUGAAGGAAAUCGUCCGUCAAGCCAGUAUUUCCCCUCUGGGCUCCAGUGAGAAUGCAAUCAUCUUCACUCCCCAAGGCUCUCAUGUGAUCACUCCCACGACACAGCCUCAUGAGACCAAAGAAGCCCAGGCCAACACUGAUUCCGGGACGAGCGACUGGUUGCCCGCCCAUCCCGGUCGGGCUCCGCCAACUGUGGAAGCAUGCUAUGAGGUCCAGCUUGACGCCAUGCGACUCCCGACCGGUGUGGUCACCAAAGUCCGAAUGCCCGACGGGACUAUUACCGAAGUGCGUGGCUGUGGCUUGAAGCGGCCACCAUCCUUCGAGAUGGACGAGUUCGAACAACGCUAUUGGACCACCAAGCCUCAAGUGACCAAAGAGAUGUUUGAGAACUUCGUUGAAGUGCGUGCAGAUGGUGGCAACAAUGCUUCCGCCAACAUCGCUAGUUACCUUGAGUUCAUGGGGUUGGAAAGCAACAGCACACAGAUAGGCAAAGCCGAGAUAUCGGACAAGCAAAGCAACGAAUCCAUGCAUGCAGCAACGGAUUUGACCAAUGUUCAAGACAUGCUCCGCGAGAUUAGUGGCCACGGUUAUAGCUCCACGAUCGAAAAAUCAAACGGCUCUGGCCCAAGAUUGUCAACCUUGAAGCUGUCCUCUGCGUCUUCACCGCCGAUGUGGUCGCGGGCGGAUGAAAAGGUUGGCUGGUUCGCAAACGAGCAUUCCAGAAGCGGCCGUAUGACUGGAUCUGAAAGCCAUAGCAGCAAAGGCAUCUCGUCGGUCUCGGUCCAGAAAUUCCAUGCAAUGGGCCGGCUCCCACAUGUGGAUGGUCCCAGCGACGGGCAGAAGGUGUCGGCAUUGUCAUUGCUUGCUGCCGCCAGCAAAGGUGUCAGUCCCCAGCCGGCGCCACGAUCGGUCCCUUCUUCGGACAGUUUCUAUGGAUCGUACGGCCAUGAGGACCACGGUGUCUCAGUCGUCGGCGACGACGUCUUUCGAUCCCGAAUGCCUCAAGAAGAAAGCAUGUAA